UUUUCAUAUUUAUGAAUAGGUAUAAUCAAUAAAUAAUUGUUAAUUUAAUUAACUACAUAUUCUGUUUUUCCAACAGAGUGUUAAAAAAUAUUAUUAUUAUAAAAAUAAUAAGACUAAAAUAAAAAAAAAAAAAACAGUAAGUAUAUAUAUAUAACACGAUUAAAAAAAAAAAUAAAAAAAUAUGUCGAAUGGAAGAGUUUCUCGUCUAGACAAUUCCACGUAAUUUGUGGUAAUCAGCAAGUGUAUAUUUCUUGUUUGGUAUUUUGUUCUUGUUACUCCAGGCAUACCUGAGUACAAUAAUAGAAUUGGCUGGAACCUUACGGGUCUCUGAUUAAAUAAAUAGGAUUGUCUUUCGAAGUGACGAAUCACCAAGUGGAGUGCAGUUGAAACUAAAUGUAUCACAUAAAAUAGCUAAGCUUAAUACUAUCAACAUCAUCAUCAACAUCAUCAACAUCAUCAACUGUGUGUGCACUGUCCGAGAUAUUUUUUUGUCACUAUUUUGAGAUACUACAAGUAGUAGGUAGUAUGGAAGGCCAGCAAUUUUGUUUGAGAUGGCACAAUUUUCAAAAUACCCUACUUAGUUCGUUGCCAAAAUUGCUUGAUGUUGGAUAUUUGACUGAUGUUACGCUUAGUGCCGGUGGUAGACAUAUUCGUGCACAUAGAAUUAUAUUAUCAGCUUGCAGUUUUUAUUUUAAAGAAUUAUUCAAGGAUCUUAGUACAUUACAACAUCCUGUAAUUGUACUUCCUGGUAUGGAGUAUGCAAAUUUAUGUGCUCUAGUCACCUUUAUGUACAAUGGAGAGGUCAAUAUUUAUCAAGAACAAUUACCAGCACUUUUAGCUAUGGCUGAAACUCUUCAUAUUCGUGGACUUGCUGAUAUUGCUGGGAAUGCAAAUCAAGAUAAUGGAUUAUUUGGUGAUCAAUCAAGUAGCAAUGAAGAUACAGAAAGUAUGUGUGAUAAUACAUCAUUAUCAACAACAACAACAGUAGCAACAACAACACCACAAACACCAACAACACCAACAACAACAUCAUCACCAUUAUCAUUAUUAACAACAGCAACAACAACAACGACAUUAUCAACAACAACAACACCAUCAGUUAUUAAAACAACAACACCAACAACAACAACAAUUAUUAAAAAAGAAAUAAUUGAUGGACCAUCAACAGAUGAUUGUAUACAAGAAACACAAUCAGAUAAUAUUGAUAUUGAUGAAUGGAAAAUUGAUAAUGAUGAUAUACCAUGCAGUGUUAAAACAAAACCAUAUUAUUCAAUAAAUGCAAAAUUAGCACAAAAAGAAAAAAAACAAUUAUCAUUAUUAAAUGGUCCAUUAAAUAGAUCAGAUGAUAUUAAAUAUAUUGAUAAUAAAAAUGAUGAUAAUUCAUUAAUAAAUGAUGAACAAAAUAAUACAAUUAUUGAUGAUGGUAAAUCAUCAAUUAUUGAUACUAAUUAUCGUUAUUUAACAUCACAUGUAUCAUCACGUGUUACACAAACAAAUAAUAAAACAAGUGUAACAUGUUUAAUAUGUGGUAAACAAUUGAGUAAUCAAUAUAAUUUACGUGUACAUAUGGAAACUCAUAGUAAUAGUUCAUACAGUUGUACUGCUUGUUCACAUGUAUCAAGAUCACGAGAUGCACUUAGAAAACAUGUCUCAUAUAGACAUCCAGUUGCCACGCCGCAUAAACGUCCUCGGUUUAGUCUAGGUAAACCCUAGAAUAUUUUUAUUUUCUUUACUUUUUUUUGUUGAUAUUUUGUUUUGUUUUUAUUCUAAAAUAAUUCUAUCAAAUCACAGUUGGUCUAUAGUAACCAGCUGUUUUUAAAUUUCGAUUAUUACGUUUUAUUUAUGUUUUUUUUUUCUCUUUUUUUUUUUUAAUAAAAUGAAAUGAUAAAAAAAAAAAAGUCAAGCUUAUGUAAAUAGCUCAAUGAGACCUGAAGCCACUGUACGGAUAUCUAGUCCAAUUUAUAGAAAAAAAAAAAAGAAACAAAUUAACUCUUGUUGAGGCUCAGACGCGGAAUAAGGAAAGACAUUUUUUGUUGUUUUAUUUAAAACUAAUUUUACCUGUUUUUUUUUUUUUUAUUAGUUAUUGUAAGUAGUUGGUUUUUUCAAAGUAACUUUAGCUUAUUGGUUAAUUGUAUUUUUUUUUUUUUUCCCUAUUUUUUUUUAUUCAAGCUUAAAAAACAAUUUUAAAAUAGUUUAUUGCUACUUUGUUUUUUUAGUUGUAUUGAAAAUUUACGUGCCCAGAUGAAUUUUACACAUAUAAAAUAAACUCACCCGAAGAAUCUCAAUUGAAUUCAGCAAUGAGAUUUAAUUUCAUUUGCUGGACAUUGAUAUUUUCGAUAUGAAGCUAUAAAUGUGAGCUAAUAUUACGAAAUGAAUCGUGUUCACAAAAAAAAACCUCUAGUGUUCAAAUUGUUAUUUUUUUUUUCUUUUCUCGUUGUCGUAUUUUAAUAAAGACACUUAAAAUAUUAUUUUUCCUUUAGAUUUUAUUUAUAAAAUCAAUUAUUAAAUGUUAAAAAAAAUAUUCACUGAUUGUUGAUUAAUAUUUUAAGAUUAAUUUAACUUUUGCUUGCCUUGAAUCAAAUACUAUAUAUAAGAAAAAAUUAAAUUUUUAUUACUAAAUUUUCAAAAUGAAUAAAAAAAAAAAUAUAUUUAUAAAGAAAAUAAAUAAAACACGACUCCGUCUAUGAUUAUUAAUUUGAACAAAGUCAAUUGUUAAUAAAUUUAAAAAAUAUAUGUAAAAAAAAAGAAUAAAUAUUAAUUAUAAUUAAUUAUAAAUAAAAAGACAAUCUAGAAUCAUAAUUGUAUAUCAAUAAUCGUAUUCAAAAAAAAAUAAUAUACAAUUUGUAUACAAAGAAAUAAAUAUAAUAAAAUGCAUCAAAAGUUAAUUAACCAAGCUUAUAAAUUGUUCAUUUUAUAUUGAGUUUUUUUUUUUUUUUUAAAUCCCAUAUUAUAUAAUUAUUUUGUUCUGUAUUCUCUUUAGUGUAUAUUUUGUAUUUUUAUUGAUGAUUUUAUAUUUUUUCCACACGCCAAAUUUUAGUAUUGCAGUCUUGACCAACAGAUAUAAGUGUUUCUUCAUCCAACCAUACGAGUCGAGUAAUUU